AUGUCGUCAAAGAAUCCAUUCUUAAAAGGAUAUAAUUAUAUGCUUCCGAAAGGUGUCAUGGUCAUAUUGGCAAUCUUAUUAACACACCGAAGUCCAGUGGUUUGGCCGGAUCCAUUGAAAUUCGACCCGGAUCGCUUUCUUCCAGAGAACUCGAAGAACAGAAAUCCGUACGCCUAUGUUCCGUUCAGUGCUGGACCAAGAAACUGUAUAGGUCAGAAAUUCGCUCAACUCGAAGAGAAAAUUGUGUUGACUGCCAUUCUCAGGAAAUGGAGAGUGAAAAGUGUGAAAACAGUCGACACGAUUAAGUUCGGCGGCUCUCUCAUUUUACGACCAAGUGAAGAUGUAUUAAUACAUUUCACGCCGAAGAAAUCAUUCCUCACAGCACCAGAUAUUACAUUAAAGUUAUAGGAUGGUUACAAUCUUACAUAGUUUUGUGGAAAGGUUACUGGUGUAUGCCACUAACCUUACAAUGUAAUCUUACUUUAUAAUAUUGUCGGAAGGUUAAGAGAAUCUUAUGUUAAUAUUUCAACAACCUUAUAUGAACCUUACAUUUUAAUAUUGUUGGAAGGUUAACGGAAUCUUGUGUCAAUAUAUUUCAGCAACCUUGUAUGAACCUUAUAUUUUAAUAUUGUUGGAAGGUUAAUGGAAUCUUAUGUCAAUAUUUCAGUAACCUUGUAUGAACCUUAUAUCUUAAUAUUGUUGGAAGAUUAAUGGAAUCUUAUAUCAAUAUUUCAGCAACCUUGUAUAAACCUUAUAUUUUAAUAUUGUUGGAAGGUUAAUGGAAUCUUAUGUCAAUGGGCACGUUCAAAUUGACAAAGCGGCUAGCCUGCUCGCCGAGCAAAUGAACGUAAUUGGUUAUUACUUAUAGAUCCAAUCAUAUUCGAUUGCUCGGCAAGCGUACCUAGCCGCUUUGCCGUCUUGAACUCGUCCAAUAUUUCAACUUAUGAAUAUAAUCGCUCUAUAGAUUUUUGGUACUGGCAAUAAAUUUUGGACACGCAGUCUCACUAUACUAAUAUAUAUAUACCCAGAUAAUCAAGCAUGCGGUAAUGCGAAAUAUGUACUGCGAAAGUACAGCGUAUGAUUGCUUAACCUGAAAAUAGUCGUUAUAACAUUAAAAUUAAAU